CUCUCUUCUUUACAGGCUUCGUUUGUUCAUUCAAUUUCCUAUUUUGCGUGUAUACGACACUGUCAAAUGUAUUAAUCUGUCGUGUAUGACAGUAGAUUCAGGUAUUCAUUCGAGAAACGAGAUUUUUGUAAAUUUUUAAUAUGUACCUAAUUAAAUAUAAAUAGGUAAUAUCAGUUUCAUUUUAUAUUUUGUGUAAAGGUUUUUUGCGGUUGGUUGUAGAGUGUGUUUUGUCCAAGAAAUAAAUACGUGUUUCUGAUUUUGUACAUUUGUGUACUUAUUAUAAUUUACUGACUAUGUAAUUAUCUAAAUACAGUAUAAGAUUUAUUGCCUUUUUUGUAUAAGUAAUUUAAUAUCAACAAUAAAAUAGUAUUACGAUUAAAAUUAAGCUAAAUUUGAAAUUGUUUACAAUAAUGGACAAAAAUUCAGAAGGUAACCAAUCAUAUAACAAAAGAUAUAUAUCAUCAAGUCAAAAGAUCGAAGCUAAAUAUAUUAAUUUUAUUAUGCUAUUGGACGAUCAGAUAACAAGAAAUUUAAAUGCCGCAGGAGUGGAAACUAGGCCUGUGAAAACAAAUGGACUGUGGUGUUGUUUUCUACUGCCAGUUGUGUUAACAUUUUACAUUCUGCUAUACAAUGUAUCGCCACUGUAUAAACUUGUGACCUAUAUGUCAUAUGGUCUUUUAUUCUAUUCAAUUCUAUUCAUAGUCUUCAUCUCUAUAUCAUCAGUGGUAAUAAAAGAAUCAACCUAUGGAGGAUGUGUAGCCUCAAGUCUUGUGUCAGCAUUAUUUCUCUAUUCAUUCUUAGGACAAGACUUGAUUUUCUCCCUAAUGGUUGUCUCUGUGCCGGUGGUGAGCUGGUACAGUUACAUGCUAAGACAGGCUCUGAUCAGGUGUCCACGAACAUUCACUAUAGGAGAGGCCAUGAUAGUCAUACAGGGGAUCGUACUGUUUGGUUUAAUGGGCCUGGCAAAACUAUUUAGUAAUCUCGAUGACACAAACGAGGAAACAGAUUUCAUUAAUGUUAUUAUCUAUACAGUCUUGUCAACGGUGGGCAUAAUCAUUACGUUGCUGUAUUUAUUGACUGAUGAACAACGGAAUAUCCAAAAUUUGGCGAAAAUAUUUGGUGCAGGAGCUGUAUUUGCAUUAAUCAUAUUACAUUCUGUUCUCGGUGCCAGUUUUAUGCUGAAGUUUUGGAAUUAUAUCUUUAUGCAUGAAAAUAGGGUUCAAAUAUUCUGUUUCUGGUUAUCUCUGGUAAUCAUAGCAGUGCUAGUGCUGCUGUCCCGGACAAAGUUGGCGGUAAAAGCGAAUACGGUGACCCGCAAGUCUUUUCACAUACUGGCGUCGUUGGUGUUUAUGUCCGGGAUACUUCUUGACGUCAACUUGAUAACACUCGCUGCUGGCAUUGGACUCGGACUCUUGGUGCUGGUUGAAGCAUUAAGAAAAUCAAGGAUUGAACCAAUAUCUUCCGCUCUGCAAUCGGCUUUCUUGGUGUACAGUGAUGAAAAGGACUGUGGCAGCUUCGCCAUGACCCCCUUGUACUUGUACGCGGGGCUGGCGUGCCCGCUUUUAUUAGUGCCACAGCAUGCGGGCGUUGAGCUCGAGCUGCUGAGCGGUGUGUUGGCCAUCGGCGUCGGCGACACCGCUGCCAGCUGGUUCGGCUCGCAUUACGGCUUCAACAAAUGGACAGGAAGUAAUAGAACAUUAGAAGGCACAGCUUUUAAUAUUUUGUCACAAGUGGCUACAGUUUACGCUUUGGAACUCUUUGAACUGUUGCAAGGGAACAACGCUUUAAUCCGUACAGUUGUGGCGGCGACGGUAACUGGCCUAGUGGAAGCGAAAACUGAUCAAGUUGAUAACUUAAUCCUACCUUUAGUUUCACUCAUAGCCUACCAAGCGACUUGGUUCAUAUGUUGAUCGGCAAAAGGUGCUCUUUACGACUCUGUAAGGAUUCCAUAAGCAUUUAUUAAUCAUUCCUUUUAGAUAAUAUGUUUUGUUAUUUAUUUUACUACCGUAAAUGGACUGAUACGUUAUAGCCUAUUGAAGCUUAUAUUAUAUUAUAAAUUAAAAAUAUUAAUUAAAAUUUAAUAAUAUUAAAUAAAACUAGUAUGAAUGAAUGGAAAAAUUUUAACAUUAUGAGCCACUACUUUGCGGUAGAUGGCGUUAUAGCUAAACAGUAAAAUAUUGUCUACUUAUAAUAUUAUCAUGGAAUUAUUAUUAUUAUUUUUAUUUUAAAUUUAGGAUAUCUCGGCUUAAAACCGGUUUUACAGGUGUACACGGGCCUAAGCCAAGUGCAUAACUGUGUGCUAUUUUUUUUGUAUAAAUGUAAUUUGUCUGGUAAUCUGUUAUUAUUCUAUUAUAGCUUUAUCAUGGAAUUAUCAAAACUAAAUUAAUCGAUUUUGUUAUUAUAUGAUUUGGAAAUUGUAGUUAUUUUUUCAAUAGAUUUUUACUUAAACUAGCAAACAAGUUGACCAACCACCUGGUGGAAAGUGGUAACCGUAGAUUUAAAUAUAGAUUUUAAAUUGUCAUUAUAUGUCGACCAAUAACCCAGUUUUAGAGGCCACUUAUAACUGUUGAUUAUAUGGCGUUAUAUUAUGGAUCUCAUUAUUUUAUCUAAAGUCCUUGUUUGUUUAUAAAAGAAAACAACAAACCUCCAUGUGCUAAUGUCUAUAUUCAACAAUUUAUUUAUGGUACUAAUAUAUUUAUAGUAGUAUAAAUAUUAAUUAUUAAAUUGGAAUUGUGAUAAAAAGUAUAGGCUAAACAUAGAAAUAUAUAUAGAUAAAUAUGGAAAUAUUUUUUUUAAAUAUACCUUAUUGUUAAAAUUAUUUUUGAAAAGAAAAUGCCAAAGAACUGGGAAUGUACUGUUGUUUUUAGAGAUUACUUAUUGAUUGUGAGCUGUAUACUAGAAGAUUCCAUAUCAUAUUUAUUAUUUUCAUGACUGGAAUUAUUUGUAUUUUAUACAUACCUAUACUUAUUUACAAUUGUUACAAAUUGACAAUAUGUUUUUACUUUUAUAAAAUAAAAAGAAAACUUAAAA